CAAACUUCACCUUUUACGCUUUCUUUCCGGUUUUGGAUUUUGUCAAGUGUGCUUGUUCUCGAUUUCGAGCUAAGGCCAAUUAUUAAAUAAAUAUCUAAUUUUUGGCGACUUGCAUCAAUAAUAAUUGUUUAAUACUUCUUAACCAUGUCUACAAAAGCUGAACUUGCUUGCGUCUACGCUGCUCUCAUCCUGGUUGAUGAUGAUGUUGCUGUUACUGGCGAGAAAAUCACCACCAUCCUGAAGGCCGCCAAUGUUGAAGUUGAACCCUACUGGCCCGGUCUAUUUGCCAAGGCUUUGGAAGGUAUCAAUGUUAAGGACUUGAUCACCAACAUUGGCUCCGGUGUCGGUGCUGCUGCCCCAGCUGGCGGUGCAGCCCCUGCUGGUGGAGAUGCUGCACCAGCUGAGGCCAAAAAGGAAGAGAAGAAGAAGGAGGAAGAACCAGAGGAAUCUGACGAUGAUAUGGGCUUCGGUCUCUUCGAUUAAGUCUAAACGUUUUAUAGUUUUUAUAAAACUUUUGAUGUGUCUUUUUGACGAAGUAUAAAGAAAGCUUGUAUACUACGUAUACAAAACGUGAAUGAAAAUUUGUAUAUUGUACUAAUUA